CAAUCCUUAACCGGUAAAAAGAACCGGUUUGAUUUCUUCUGAAAACCUUAACGGCUGCUCACACAGCAAGGAUCAACAUGAAGAUUGUUGUGUUAUGGGCUGUUUUCUGCGUAUUUUGUAUUCCUACUAUCAAUGGCGGGCGUCGAUUUAAACACCAAAGUCGAGGCAACGAUGUUGAUGACGAUGCUGAAUGGGAACUGAACUCCAGAGGUCUCUUGUCACACAUUGUCAAUCUCGAUGUCCUGCCCGACGUCAGUGUUGCCGAAAACAGCAAAGGGGAGAUAAUCGUGAAUCUUCAGGACACCUCAGUUGCUUCCGCAUGGAAGCCAGGGUGGUACCUAAUGAGCACCAAUGUCCGUCAGAGAUAUGGUUUAGAGGUCAAACACGUCGCGAUUGUAAAGAAAAUACAGCAUGUGGAUAUCGUCAGUCCAACAAAAGUCAAAGUCUAUGGCAUCGACGUCAGUGCCUUAGAUCUACUUCAGGAAGCACAAGUAUUUCUAAGAUAUCCCCACUUAACCAAUAAACAUGGUCAUCGUCAGAAAAGAUACGUGUCAAAUCUUCUCUCUAAAGUUUUGGACAAGAUCAACUUCCACGCUACUGAUGGCGAUGAGUCUAUCAACUUUAACUUUGAUCCCAAGACUAAUCACUCAAGCAAAACAUACAGUGUAUACAAGGAGCAGGGUGACAAGGAGGUCAAGGUCGAGAAGAUUAAUAAAGGCCAGACAAGUGCCAUUCCUGGAGAUGCUGACUUCCGCCUUACCUGCAAGAACUGCUAUGAACAGAGACACCUUGGGCACACAAUGGACCUUCAAAUUGAACGACGAAACAAGACUGCUACUGUCAAGAAGUUCUUAAUGCAGAGCGAUGUCAGUACAGACCUCAACGUCGAGUUCGAAGUGAAGUUCAAAAAAGCUCUUGGCCUCACAGAGCGAAUUGUCAUGGAAAGGACACCUUCUACCAUACUGCGUACCAUACCAGUUGCCAUAGUGGACGAGAAGUUACCUGCCAUACAACUGGUUAUCUCAUAUGACAAAACUGUGUAUCUGGAAAUAAACGCAACAUCUGAUGGACCAAUAAACUACAGUGGGAAAUUCCAUGUUCAAGGAAAUUACACUAUGACUUCCACUGAGGCGUCAGAAAAUGUCCCCAAAACAGAUUUGACCACAACUGCCUGGUCAUCUUCAGAACAUUCAUUCUCUGGUCAUUCUUCAAAACCAUACAACAUCUCGAUGGCUCUUUAUCAAGAGGUUACUCUACAAGCUUCUGUUCAGUGGUCUCAGCAUGAUGUUUCCCUUGUGUUCACGCCGCCGGAAGUUGCAAGUUUCAGACCUGUCCUGUACGCCCGAACUACCGAGGAUGAAUACAGUCGCUGUGAAACAGCCACGCUCACAGUUGACGGGAUAUUUACCUUCGACAAGUCAGAUUUUGUGGCUAAAGCUUUCCAUAAAACCAUAUGGGACCUGGAUUUAAUAGACACAUCCCUCUUUCACAAGUAUUUGAUAACAGAACCGCUUUCCAAUGUCUGCUCGGCAAACUGUGGUCCUCCUGUCGCUGAUGUUCAUGGGAAGGCAAUGGAAGACAUCUGUGGUGCAUCGGGGGACAAGAUUGUCAGAGGAGAUAGCAAUUUUAACAAAUUAACAUUGAUUGGGGGCGAUUUCAUCCUGUUUCGGUCCGAAGAAAGUGAGAGCUCUACCUGGUGUGGAAAAUCAGGUCGGGCAUGCCAUACAUGUGUCUGGAGUGAUAAUGGAGACAAUAGGAUUGACGCAUGUGCAGACAGACUGAUGUCAUCAGUGGCAGCGUCAACAUUGACCACUCUCGGACAACUGGCUGCAAAGGAAUGGCCAAACAGAAAACUGGUGGUGCUUGAAGCAUGGGAUGAACCUACGUCGGCAGAUCCUCACGGAAGUCAUGGAAUUACCUCCCUGCAUUAUACCGGAAGAGCUCUACAGGUGGCGUUGACAACUGAAAACACCAGCAAUUCUACAUCACUGCAGAUUGAAAAGUCAACAUCAGUAUUGAAGAGAUUGGCGGAACUAGGUGCUUGCGCUGGAUUUCCAUUCUUUGAUGUCUCUUCCGGUCAUGUACAGUUCUGUGUUCAUGACGAUUACUUGUCUCAACGAAGAUCCAGGAGAUCUGCCAUGGGACCGUCAGCAAACAAUUUGGAGAAGGACUAUUUCAUGAGAACCAUGAAUAAAACGGGUAUAGUCCCUAUCAAAUGCAUCGUUGACAAUAUUAAACAGUGGAUAAAUAAUCAUCAUGGUCCAAUAUUUAACGAAGUCAUCAAUCCUCUUUUGCAAGAACGCAAUAUACAGUACAGGCUGAUUCAAUAUCCAUUUGAUGACCUCACAUUUGAUCCAGAGGGGUCAUUAUCAGCCAUGUGCUAUCAGUCGACUAGACGGUGCAAAAGCACUUGUGAGUGGUCUGACAGUACGGAACCCUGGGAUUGGUGUCAGACAAGGGUCAUGACCCCCAGAAUGGCGAUACGGCUGCGACGACUGGCCGCCAUCGCCAGUCAACAUAAUUCAGGUACGAAAUUGAGAGUGACAAAGCCAUCACAAGAGGUUCAUAAUGGCGCUGCUAAAGACAAAUCCUUUGAAUCUAACGGCAGGAAACUACAGAUUUCUCUCCCAUCAGUCACUACAAUAUCGAUAUCCAAGCUCCGCUCUAUGGCAAACUGUGCAGGCUUUGACUUCGUAGACACCUCCAAGUCUUCAUCUAUUGACGUAUAUGUCAAGCUUCAAGAUGGCUACCAGGCAACGAUUGUCCCUUUCCAGGAUACUACAUUGUUAGCCGUAGGGGUCGAGGACGAAGACUACGCCUACCCCGAAGAGCUAAAGAACGAGUUUAGAACAUCUUUACUUUUUGACGGGUUUAACCCACACGAACAAAUAUCUGAGCACUUUAAGGUAUCAGAUUUCAAGCAUUCAGAGAAGCGGUUCUUCAGACUUGACCAAUACAUGGCAGACUGUCUCGAGCUUGUGGUACACGAUCUUGGAGAAGCCAUCAAAAUCAUUCCGGACUCAGCCUACAGGUCCCACUCCAUCAACAUGCGUGACAUCGCCCAUAGACAUCCUCAGGAAAAAGUGAGGUUCGAAACAGGACAAGCUGUGUAUGUCACAGCCAUGGCAGACCUGCCAAACGAUUUCCUUGUAAAUCUUGGCUAUUCAUUUCUGAGAAGCUGUCCACCCAUACUUCGUCUGCAGUCACGCGGACUUGGCAUUGGUUGCCAUAGUAACAAAAUAUACAUCGACAUUCGACCGAUGGCAAUCGAUGACGACAUAGCCGAUGUGUGGGAUGCUGAUAAUAAGCCUGUGUUUGACAUCAUUCAGAGAGCGAUGGAUGAUCUCAAGAGAGGGGGACCUGUAAUAUAUCCUUUGAACCUCAAGAGGACAUGUCAAAAUCCACGAUGUGGAGAACAGUUCGCAUACUACUCUUUCAAUAAGCACUCAUUUGGGUUCUGUUUUCACGACCGGGAGAGCACCUUCUGUCGCGACACCAGGGAACACAGACAACAACAGGCCAACACACUCCGAGAUGACCUGAUGAAAGUUGCAGGGACUACAAUGACCAGGAGUUCGAUAGAGAAGGAUCUACAGGAGUGUGUUCUGGACAACUGUGGGGGAUGUCCUGGGAAAGGACCAACGUGGGACAAGAAGGUGUUGGGAUGUGUGGGAAUGGUCCAUACGUACCUGACUCUUGCCAAUAACCAGUUCAGUAACGUGGUUAACAAGGCUGCCUUCUUCAACACCGACAAUGCCGAGUCCAGCGUUCACUCUCUGGCGUGUCAUGAUGAUGCAGUGUGUGUUGAGAACACACAAAUAUACUCACUCAUAAUGCCUCUGUUGAACUCCAAGUACCAACCUGACCCUAAACAGAGCAGAGAAGAAAUGUUGUACAGUGGCGACAACAACCCAUCACCACUGAUAACUCUGAUAGAACAAGAGUUUGCUAGACAAAUUUCUGGUGUUGUGAAGGUGUACAUAGAGUCGGAGACAGACAUGGCCGCCAUGAGAGAUGUUAUUAAGAUCCUGAUGAUCUACAACAGGGACGUGACAGAGGUGGAGUUCCAUCUGACGGACACGGUGGACCAGGACAACGUCGUGUCCGCCCUGCAGAGGAAGCUGGAGUACUGGUCGGGGACGGCCUGCCCCAAGUGGAGUCGGUUUGCUGUGGCUGGGUUCAGCAUCCAUGACAUCCCCCAUCACAGGAGAAAGAGGAGUCUGGAAAGGAGCAGGAGCAGGAACAAGGUGAAGAAGGCCAUGAAGGAGUGGGAACUGGACUGGAUAAAGAAGAUGUGAACUGACAAACAUGGACUCUACAUGUCCCAUGAGUGACACCUAUUUUCACCCUCACGUGUGCACUUAAGAUAUUUCAGUGUGUGGUUGAGAUUGAUUUAUGAAUACCUAUUUAAUUUUUGUUUAAUGUGUUCUUAGCAUAACCUUGUGAUGAGCGGAAACUCAUGUUUGGAUUGUAGCUGAUCAUUACUUAGUAUAAUGCGAGAGUGUUACGACCUCUCUAAGCUUUCUUCUACACAAAUCAUGUUUUUGUCUUACCAUAAACAAUGAUUUACCUUUAAUGUUUAGCAAAUAAAUAGUGGCAUCUGC